AUGUAUCCCAGUAGCUCUCUUCUGCUGUAUCCCAGUAGCUCUCUUCUGCUGUAUCCCAGUAGCUCUCGUUUGCUGUAUCCCAGUAGCUCUCUUCUGCUGUAUCCCAGUAGCUCUCUUCUGCUGUAUCCCAGCAGCUCUCUUCUGCUGUAUCCCAGUAGCUCUCUUCUGCUUGCCAUUGAGGACACAGCGCCCUCUUGUGGCGGCCGCUGCACCUGCACCUUUGCUUCGCGGGAAAGUCCCGAGUCCUUUCGCUGCUGGAGAACUCAGAGGAAACAUGUCCGUGAAUCUGUCAUUAAAAGCAUCUGUCUGAACAACCCCAACAGUCUCCAUGGGUCACUAAACAGAAGACUCUGCACUUCUGACCGUGGCACCAACAGCAGGAAACCUCUGUGUCCUUCACAUUUUUCACAUGUAGCUUACGACAGAGAGGCUCAAAGGGAGGGGCUGGUGACGUCACAUCUGAAAGUGAAAGUAUUUGGACAGAGACGUGUCUGCGACAGCCGAGUGAAUGUGACCAUGGCUUCAGAGAGAGAGCAGAUACCAGGAACCAUCAGCGAAGAAGCAGCAGGGGGCAGUACUGAGCCAGGUGUCUGCGUCAGAACAACAUCCUCAGUGUCCAGUGCUGUGUCCCUGAAGAGUGACUGGUCUAUGAGGAUUCCACCAAACUUCAGUCUUGAAGCUGCUUCUUCAAAACCACAGUGA